AUGGAAGAAAAUGGUAGUUUCAAUGAACCAAAAAACAACUCAAAGUGGCCUCUCUUCAUUUUCUUCAAAGGUGCAAGGCAAGUUUUCAAGCUGGAUGCACUUUCUCGGGAGAUAUUAGGGAUUGCCUUUCCCUCAGCACUAGCCGUUGCAGCUGAUCCAAUUGUUUCUCUAAUUGACACAGCUUUCAUAGGCCACUUAGGGCCUGUGGAACUUGCUGCUGCAGGAGUUUCCAUUUCUUUGCUCAACCAAGCUUCAAGAAUCACCAUUUUUCCUCUUGUGAGCAUCACCACUUCAUUUGUGGCUGAGGAAGAUACUCUUGAAAAGCUGAAUGCUCAAAAUGGUAACAAAUCAAAGCUCAAAGAAAUGACUAUGCCAGAAGAUCAGAUGCUUCAAGACUUGGAAAACAAUACCCUCAAAGAGAAUAUUAACACUUCAGCAAAACCUGUGAUUGAAAAAUCUGAAUCAAAGGAAAAUAAUUAUGCUACAAGGGACAACGACACAGAAACUGGAGAUGAAGCCAACAAAAGUAUCUGCAAGUUUUCAUGGAUUACUAAGAGUAAGAAGAAAGUUGUAAAGAAGAAGAGACGUAUUGCUUCUGCAUCAACAGCACUACUUUUUGGCACCAUCCUUGGUCUUAUUCAAACUGCUGUUCUUAUAUUUGCAGCAAAACCUCUCUUACGUGUUAUGGGUGUGAAACCAGAUUCUCCAAUGCUAAAUCCAGCAAAAAAGUACUUAAAACUGAGAUCGAUUGGAGCACCUGCAGUGCUUCUCUCCUUGGCCAUGCAAGGAAUCUUUAGAGGGUUUAAGGAUACAAAAACUCCAUUAUAUGUCAUUGUUUCGGGAUCUACAUUGAAUGUCAUCUUGGAUCCAAUUCUUAUUUUCACAUUGAAAUUAGGCAUCAAAGGUGCAGCCAUUUCACAUGUUCUUUCUCAGUACAUGAUGGCAAUCACUCUCUUACUGAUAUUAAUGAGAAAAGUGCAUCUCCUACCUCCAAGCAUAAAGGAUUUACAGAUUUUCAGAUUUCUUAAAAAUGGAGGUUUGUUGAUGCUGAGGGUGAUAGCAGUGACAUUUUGUGUUACCUUGGCAGCGUCAUUAGCAGCAAGGCUUGGUUCAAUUCCCAUGGCUGCAUUUCAGACAUGCCUGCAAGUCUGGUUGACAUCAUCUCUUCUUGCAGAUGGUUUAGCUGUUGCUGUUCAGGCAAUUCUAGCUUGUUCAUUUGCUGAAAAGGACUAUAAGAAAACAACAGCAGCUGCAAUAAGAACACUGCAAAUGGGUUUUGUUUUAGGAACUGGUCUCUCUCUUGCUGUUGGACUUGGAUUAUACUUUGGUGCUGGAAUAUUCUCCAAAAAUAUUCAUGUUGUGCACUUAAUUAAAAUAGGCCUCCCGUUUGUGGCUGCUACUCAACCAAUCAAUUCUUUAGCCUUUUUGUUUGAUGGAGUCAAUUAUGGAGCUUCUGAUUUUGCAUACUCAGCAUGCUCUCUCGUGGUGGUUUCCAUAGUAAGUGUAGCCAUAGAAUUUGUUCUCUACAGGGCCAAACAUUUCACUGGGAUUUGGAUCGCAUUAACCAUAUAUAUUACUCUUCGAAUGAUGGCUGGUGUAUGGAGGAUGGGAACUGGGACAGGACCAUGGCGCUAUCUCAGAGGUUGUUCAUUGACUUAA